AUGAAGUGCCAAAGAAUCGCCUCGCAGGCCUUUCGCCAGGCCCGCACACCAGCAUCGCGCGUCCAAGCUCCCUCCGUUUUCCGGAGCUCUCAAGUCGCGGCGGCCGCUCCUCUUGGCAACCGACAAUGCGCCCACCAAUUCCACUCCAAGCCAGCGCGAAAGGCGUCGAACAGCCCCGGCGAUGCGUCGAACCCGGCAAUGGCAUUUCCAUGCCUUGACUCCCUCGAGAACCGAUCAGCGAGCCUCGAGGCACGAUACGAAUCGAGCGGCCCUGAACCGUCCUAUACCGCCGGCGCGACAGAAAUAUACCACUGCAAGGACCCUUUCCUGCUCGACUGGGGUGGUGUCCUACCUGAAUUCGAUAUCGCAUACGAAUCUUGGGGCAAAAUGAACGCAGACAAGUCCAAUGUCAUUCUUUUGCACACUGGCCUCUCGGCGUCCUCGCACGCGCAUUCGACCGAAAGCAACCCCAAGCCCGGUUGGUGGGAGAAGUUUAUCGGACCUGGACUGGCCUUGGAUACCGACAAAUACCAUGUCAUCUGCACAAACGUAAUAGGAGGCUGCUACGGCUCAACGGGACCGAGCAGUAUCGACCCAGCAGACGGACAACGAUACGCGACACGGUUCCCCAUCUUGACCAUGGAGGACAUGGUGCGCGCGCAGUUUCGCCUGCUAGACGGCCUCGGCGUAGACAAACUCUACGCCAGCGUCGGCUCGAGCAUGGGCGGCAUGCAGUCCCUCGGCGCAGGCGUCCUCUUCCCGGACCGCGUCGGCAGGAUCGUCUCCAUCAGCGGGUGCGCCCGAUCACACCCCUACAGCAUCGCGAUGCGCCAUACGCAGCGGCAGGUGCUGAUGAUGGACCCGAAUUGGAACAGAGGCUUCUACUAUGGCAGGGUGCCGCCACACGCCGGGAUGAAGCUCGCGCGCGAGAUCGCGACCGUCACGUACCGCUCGGGCCCGGAGUGGGAGCAAAGGUUCGGCAGGCGGAGGGCGGACCCGAGCAAGCCGCCUGCGCUGUGUCCCGAUUUCUUGAUCGAGACGUAUCUGGACCACGCGGGUGAGAAGUUCUGUCUGACGUACGAUCCUAACAGUUUGCUCUAUGUCAGCAAAGCGAUGGAUCUUUUCGAUCUCGGCAGGGAGAAUCAGGUUGCUGCGAACGCGAGGAGGGCAGAGCGCGAGAAUCUCCUUCAGUCUGGGGAGUCACCUGCGCGCAACGAUGCGGCAUGCAGUCUCACGUUGCCCGAGAAGCCCUACGUGGAGCAGCCAGAAUCCAACGCCGGUGUGGCCGAUCAACCAGUCGAAGUAUCCUCCAGGCCCCCAGAAGACUUGAUCGCAGGUCUGGCACCUCUGAGAGACACCCCUGCUCUCGUGAUUGGUGUGGCAAGUGACAUCCUCUUCCCGGCCUGGCAGCAGAGGGAAGUGGCCGAGGCUUUGAAGCUCGCGGGCAACAGGAACGUCGCGCACUAUGAGCUGAGUGAGGAGAUGAGUUUCUUUGGGCACGACACAUUCUUAUUGGAUCUCAAGAACAUUGGUGGAAACUUGAAGAACUUCCUAGGAUAA